UGGAUCUUGGCUAACUUCCUUCUCGCAUGGUGUGUUGAACUAUCAGAUGAGUUGAGAGUUUCAUCAGAGUUUCACAUUAGCUGUGUGAGUGGCGCACGUGGACCGCAGCUCUCCCGGCGACUGCACUCCAAAACGCACAUUUGUUCUUCUUCAAGGGAUCUGCAAGGACGAGUUUGAGCUCGCGCUAAAAUUAAUUAAUUUUGAGAAUGUGGGAAUUGUUUGUGUAAUUUUAUAAAGAGUCACUCCACUUAACUUGAGUUCAUUAUGGUGGACAGGGGUCCCCUUCUGACUUCGGCUAUUAUUUUCUACUUGUCCAUUGGGGCAGCAAUAUUCCAAGUCAUCGAAGAACCGAACUGGGAAAUCGCAGUGAAAAAGUAUCAAGACGAAAAGGAGAACAUAUUGAAACAAUUCCCAUGUCUUACAAAGUUUGACCUGGACCGCAUUCUAAAGGUGGUGUCUGAUGCUGCAGGACAAGGCAUCACCAUCACAGGGGACAAAGCCUUCAACAACUGGAACUGGCCCAAUGCCGUCAUCUUCGCAGCUACAGUUAUCACAACUAUAGGUUAUGGAAAUAUUGCACCCAAAACGCCUUCAGGGAGGGUUUUCUGUAUAUUUUAUGGUCUUUUUGGAGUGCCGCUGUGUUUCACCUGGAUCAGUGAACUUGGAAAGUUUUUUGGUGGAAGAGCUAAACACCUUGGGCGAUAUCUUACUAAGAAAGGGGUAACAUUGCGGAAAACACAGUUCACCUGCACAGCUGUCUUUCUGUUAUGGGGUGUGCUGGUCCAUUUGGUGAUUCCUCCAUUUGUAUUCAUGUCUCAAGAAGGCUGGACCUAUAUCGAGGGCUUGUAUUUUUCUUUUGUCACUUUGACAACUAUUGGUUUCGGUGAUCUUGUAGCAGGUGUUGAUCCCAAUGCUGAAUACCCUACUCUCUAUCGCUACUUUGUGGAGGUGUGGAUCUAUCUUGGUCUGGCAUGGCUCUCUCUGUUCUUCAAUUGGAAGGUGCGCAUGGUUGUGGAGGCUCACAAAGCUCUAAAGAAGCGCCGUAAAAGGCGCAAACUUUCUCUGGAUGAGUUACAGUGCAUCAAGGAAAGUCACAAGACCCUACACCUGCCACCAUCUCCUAAUGAUGUCAACAUCUUCAGCUUUCUGUCCAAGAAAAAAGAAAGUUACAAUGACUCAAUCAAGCAGAUAGGUGUCGAGAAGGAAGGAGAAGUACAAUGUGUCAGCUCCAUCACUGGUAGCAAGAAUAAAGCACCAAACCGCUCAAAGAGCUGCAGUGAUUCUCUUUCAAUAAAUGGAAAUACCAUCCUCAGUUUUGACCGCUCACCUCGACAGAAGCGCCGCUAUAGCUUGAGUGAAAAAGUUGCUGUAGCAAUCUCAAAAUCCAAGGGUUACCUUCUUAAUCAAGAGGAAUGUCUUCUCAUGAAUGAAAUGCAUGGGGGAGGAGAGAUAGACUCUACAAGAAUGUAUGAGAAUCAAUUGGACAAAGAGGCAGGAGAGAACCACGAAGGUCUUGACCCUGGAGGCUGCAGUAAUGGCCGAAUCGCAUGGGAAUCCAAAGGUUACCAGAUCCACACGUUUCCCAAUGCCAACAUCACCUUCAUUGAUGAGGAGAAUUUGCUAAACAACAACCUGGAGGAGGAUGAUAAUGACUUCAUGCCCAAGUAUUCAACUUCAGAUGAGACAGAUUUUAGAGAGGAACAGGGCUCCGAAUCCGAGACCUCCGUAUUCACCACAGAUGGGUUGGACCAUAACCACUCCUAUGAGCAGCUGGUAGAAGAGUAUUCCAAAGAGGACAACACUGACAUUUGAUCUCAUAAUAGGAUUUGGUAUUCUGUCUUAAACCUUAGUAAAGUUUUUCUAUCAUGAACUUGAAAUGAUGGCGUGAACUAUAAAAAUAGAAGUUACUCACAAACCAUUUCUAUCUGUCUUCAAAUGUGAGCAGCUUUAUACAAGUUUAAUGUGAUUUUACAAAUUAGAAUUUCUUUAAGUAUUUUGCAAGUGGAACAACAGAUUUAAGAGUCUUAUUGACAUUUAAAUUAAAAGCCAAUUUUAUAAAUGAACAAUCUAUCGGCAGCUGUUGGCAUACAGACUUAUAGAGAUGUAUAUCAAUAGUUGACUGAUUUUGCAGUGGCUCUAGACUUGAUUAGGUUUUUAUUUAUUGUAUAGCAAAUAAAUCAAAUUAGACCAUUUAGGUUUCUACCUAAAUUGUCUAAACUGUAGGGGUCUCAGAUUCACUGCGAACCAGUUCACUGACAAUAUAGAUUAUAGAUAGUAAGAUGUUUGCAUGUUUUUUUUCACCAUAUUGGUGAUUGUUUUAAGAUUAAAAAAAAAAGAAAGAAAAAAAAAAAGAAAAAGCUUCAUCCUUAUUGGAUGUUAAACCACAUUUUUAUUGUCUUCCAUUUUAGCCCAAAAUAUUGUUUUGGGUAACAAUGUUUGCCUGUUAUUUUAAUUUGGGAUUUAUUUAAAAUGGUAUGUCAUGAUUUGACUUUUUUUUAACAUUGUGAUUUUAUUCCAAGUCUUUUGUUUAUGCAGACAUUAUGGUUUAAUGUUCCUGCAAUUUGUUAACUCCUAUCUAAAGAUAAUCUCAAUAUUUGUGGUUUUCUGAACCGUUAAUUUUGUCGAUAUGAUGAGAUGAACCGCACUCAAAUACUCCGUCUGCCUCCCUCAAUGUGCCUUUGUCAAGUCAAGAAGAUGGUAGUUGAAUCAGUUGACAUAAAAGGUUAUGAGUAUCCCAUUGUUAUUACAUUGUUUUUACUAACAUAACUGUUUUGGUGUCUGACUCAUAUGUUGACAUGAUGCUAAGUCCGUGUUGACAUGAAAUCCACAUACUGACAAAAUAACCAUUAUAAUACACCAAGCCAAAAAAAAGGAAAGAAAGAAACAUGGAAAUCCUGGUUGUGGUUCUCUCUGCUAAGCUCUAGCAAUGUAUGAUCCUCUUGCAUCUUGCUACUGAGUGCCCCUGGUGUGUAGAGCUGCAUCCUGAGUCAGUUUCCUGUUUGUAGAUGUAAUUAUGUUGUUUGUAUUUCAAGCGUGUUAUAAGAUCGAUCUCUCUUAAUCUCCUUUUGGCUUUCUUUAAAAGAAAGGUGUUUUUUAUAUAUGAAAGUUGAUACAGCACCUGAUAUGCACUGAAAUAUGCAUUCUACUGUAUGUCUUCUAAUAUUCAGUGUUGUGUGUACGUCACACAAGUACAUUUUGCACCAAUUUGCCUUUCUUCUAUUGAGGACCUUUAAUGUUGUCUUGUCUGGUGUCACUAUCAAACUUUUGUUAUAGGCCCACCCCUGUUUUCCCAGCUACACUUUAACCAGAGAUCUCCUUUGUUCUCUCUGUGCAGUCUCUCUCACUUGAGAGAACAGUGUGUUUGCUAUGUAAACAUUGAAAAGGGUCUGUCAGUAGCCAUCACUGUUGGUCUCCUGUAGUCUCCUUUUUAAUUAGCUAUGAGCUAAAUGGCAUGAAUGGCCAAAACCAGAAUUUACAUCACUGGCCAAGGUUAACCUGUCAAGUCACGGUGUUGUGUUUUUGUUCAUAUUGCAAAUGUUCGCCCCAUUCUUUCACAGAAAAAGCUCAAACAUUUUACUCUCCAAGUGACGUAGAAUGUUAAAGUGGUUUUGAUUUUUUUUUUUUUUUUUUUUCUCAUGUUAUGUUUUGAAUUUCCUCUAUUUUGUAUUGCUGUAUUUCCUUGUAUAUUUUUAAUUAUUCCUUGGUGGUGCUAUUUUACUCUGUUUAGAUGAUUUGAAUGUUGGACUGAAUGAGCAUUUUCCAUUUGAAAUAAUAAACAAAUAGGAUUUC